UUCUUGUCACUCACACCUUCACUCUUGCCUGAUGCCUCGAUCCCCUUUCUCCUUUCCUUGUUCUAUCCGUUCACUCCAAAAUUAUUGCCACUGAAUCAGGUCCGGCUGGUACCACUGGUAAUUCUUAAUCUCCCAUCAGUUUGCUCCGUCGAUUUGUGCCUGCUAGUCCUCAGCUGCAGGCAUCCCCGCAGCUGGACUCGCCAGUGCGGCAACAUGGUGACCGUCGUUGACGGCUGGUUUGGCUCGUAUGCCUCCUCUGUGUCCUCGGCUUGUAAGCGGCGAUGGAUGUAUAGCAGGGCCCGAGUAGCAGCUCCAAGGGAGGAGGCGAGAUCUUUGAUCUGCACGGUGUCAUCGCUGUCAGCAUCCGUGUAGGGGAUGCUUGGGCGUGGAUCUCUACUCCCAGAGCCAGCAUGGAGUCAGCUUUUGUAUGAGGAUAUUGGGGCCGUUGUCUUCCUCAAUCCUGCAAGCCAGACUUCGUCGCUGUUCCCACUCGAGGAAGGCCGACAUGUCGUCGUCUUCCUCCACAGCGGCAACAUCCUUCGACCUACAGGAGGCUUUCACUUGAUGAGUUGCCUAAAAGAAGUUCCGACACUCAGAGGUGGCAACCACACUGAGUGGAGGAAGAAAGUUGAACUGGCGUUUGUUUGUGCUGAUCUUGACUGGGUUGUGGAGAAACCACAGCCGGUCAGACCCACAGACCAAGUAAGAGAGGCUACUGAUGAUGAUGCUGCAUGGGCUAAAAAGAAAGGGGACUAUGCUCCUUUGGAGCAGUCCUACCUCAUAGAUAAUCAAAAGUGGGUCAAUGCAAAUAAAAAAUGCAUGGCUUUUAUAAAGAACACCAUUGAGAGCGCCAUUGUGGGCUCCAUUGCAGAGUGCACUUCCACAGGGGAGUUGCUCUCAAAGAUAAAGAGCCAGUUCACUGGCUCUUCAAAGAUAUAUGCCACCCAGGUGUUAGAGCAACUGGUGACAGAAAAAUACACAGGUGGUAGUCAUGGCAUAAGAGAGCACAUCCUCAGGAUGAGCAAUAUGGCAGCAAAGCUCAAACCCAUGGAUGCGGAUCUGGAGAUAAAACCAGUGCUCCUGGUCCACCUUGUCAUGGCUUCAUUGCCGAAGGAUUUUGAAGCUUUUGUUGUGAACUAUAAUAUGUCACCUGGAACAUGGGACGUUGAAAAGACAAUAGCAAUGUGUGUUCAAGAGGAGGAGAGACUCAAAGCCUCACAUGGUGGUACACUCAACUAUGUGCAGGGUCACAAAAGAAAGAAUUACAAUCUAAACAACAAAAGUUCUCCUUCAAAGCCACAAGGAAAAGUUUCUAUCAGCAUCAGCGUCAGCAACAACCUUUCUCAGUGGACAAAGACACUUGUCUCCACUGUAAGAAGACUGGGCAUUACAAGAAAGACUGCCCUGUUUGGCUAAAGUCGAUCAUGGCAAAAAGAGGGAUUCCGUUCAACGCGGACUACGCUAAGAAGCGAAAGACGCAUUGAAGUGGCGAACGGAGUUGAAGCAGAAGUUGAAGGUGUCGGUGAUAUCUCCUUGGAGUUAGCUGAUGGAUUCAAUCUUCUACUUAGAGAUGUUUUAUUUGUUCCAUCAUGUCAUAGAAACUUAAUAAGUGUUUCUUGCUUGGACAAAGAUAAUUAUGAGUGUUAUUUUGUAGACAUGGCAAGUGUGCCAUUUGGUUAAAUAAUGCUUAUGUGGGUGAUGCUUUACUACAUG